UUUUGUUUUGCAAUCUGCGUCCAGCGCUGCGGUGCGCUUAGUACUAGUUUAGCCAGAGGACCCGGGAUAAUUAGUGCAUAACGUUAAGGAUAGGGUUGUAAAAAUGGCACCUAAUGUCACGUCAUCGUCGCCAACCGGUGUACUCUUCGAAAACGAUAGCCUUGCUGAAGAAGAAGCCCAAAAUGAUAAAACUGAAACGAUCGUUCCAGCCGCAUCAUCAGCUCAAACGGAGUACAAGUACAAACGCCAACUGGUCUGGAGGAAUAUCAUUCUCUUUGCUUCUUUGCAUAUUGGGGCCCUCUAUGGAGUGUGGUUGAUCUUCACCUCUGCUAAAAUCUCGACAACAUUGUUCGCGAUAUUUCUGUAUGAAAUAAGCGCCCUGGGAAUCACGGCGGGUGCGCACAGGCUGUGGUCUCACCGUUCCUACAAGGCCAAGUGGCCACUCCGUUUGAUCCUCGUGUUUUUUAACACCAUAGCCUUUCAGGAUGCGGCUAUCGAUUGGGCGAGGGAUCAUCGAUUACAUCACAAGUAUAGCGAGACCGACGCUGACCCACACAACGCAAAGAGGGGCUUCUUCUUCUGCCACAUCGGGUGGCUACUCUGUCGCAAACAUCCUGCUGUCAAGGAAAAGGGAAAGGGCAUCGAUCUCAGCGAUCUGUACAGCGACCCGAUCCUCGUCUUCCAGAAGAAGUACUACUUGAUAUUGAUGCCGAUUUUCUGCUUCGUAUUGCCCACCGUUAUACCAAUAUACUUUUGGAACGAAACAUUUGUAAACGCUUUGUACAUCCCGACUCUGCUCCGUUAUGCGUUUACGCUGAACAUUACUUGGCUGGUCAACUCUGUGGCUCAUCUCUUUGGAAACAAGCCGUACGACAGGUUCAUGAAUCCAGCGCAAAAUCUGAGCGUGGCCCUCCUAGCUUUAGGGGAGGGCUGGCAUAAUUAUCAUCACACCUUCCCCUGGGACUACAAGACAGCUGAACUCGGAGAUUACUGGUACAACUUCACGACGAUGUUUAUUGAUUUUUUCGCCAAAAUAGGCUGGGCCUACGAUCUCAAGACAGUGUCGAGGGACAUGGUGAAGAAGCGCGUUCAGCGCACUGGAGAUGGCAGCCACGAGUUGUGGGGCUGGGGUGAUAAGGAUCAGCUUCAAGAUGAGCGCGACGACGUAUUGGUAACUCACAAGCACAAAGAUUAGAACAUGUGAGCAAAUUGUGUUUUUACUCAAGUCAUUCUUAUUUAUUGUAAUAGUUUAGCGUAGUAGUAAGGAAUAUUGUGAUGGUCUCAGAAUAUUUAAGUUUGUACCUAAGAUUAAUAUAUAAAUUUUGCUAACUAGA